AAUGACGUCGGGAAUUCCUACAUUUCGCAACACCUGCCUGGCAGUUAUCAGUAAAAUGAAUCAUAACGCGCGUGCCAAUAAUUGGAAUUGGUUCAAUUUAAAACCACAUUCUCAUUCAGGCUGUGACGUUAUAGUAAGGAGCGCAUUAAGAAAGGUAAACAAUGACGGUCUUCUCGAAAAUCGUACUGUUCACACGACGACAUCCCAUCAUACGAGGCAUGUUAAGCUACGCAGUCUUGUGGCCGACAUCUUGCAUAAUCCAACAAUCUAUCGCAGGAAAACGAUGGAAUAACUACGAUUGGCACCAAGUUGCACGAUUCGGUCUUUACGGUUCUUUUUUUAUAGGCCCUACACUUUACGGUUGGGUCAGAAUUAGCACAAUACUGUGGCCAACAAUCACAGUGAAAACGGCAAUAACAAAGGCUGUGGUAGAGCAACUCACCUAUGGACCAGCAGCUUUAGUUAGUUUUUAUUUUGGAAUGAGUAUGCUUAAUAACAAAACUAUCGACGAAGGUAUACAAGAAAUACGAAUGAAAUUUUGGCCCACCUACAAAGUGGGGGUUUGUGUAUGGCCCGUUCUUCAAACCUUCAAUUUUUUGGUGAUCAAGGAACGCAACCGAGUUCCAUUUGUAAGCAUGUGCAGCUUGGUGUGGGGAUGCUUUCUUUCAUAUAUGGAUAAAGUAUCGCACGAUGUAGAAGAGCAAAGGAUACAUCAAUCGAAUUCGUCUGUUCUACUCUCGAAUUGACGUUUCUGGGGAUUAGAUAAUUAGACAUGUUGUACCUGGAAA